GGCGCCAUGUUGGAGGGCUGGUGGUAGUGGCUCGGGGAGGUGCUCGCUCUAUCGGUCUCGCUCUCGCUCGCUUCCCCCGGCUCCCUUCGGUGCCCCCCCGGUCGCCUGCGUGCCGGAGUGUGUGAGGGAGGGGGCGGGCGUCGGGGGGGUGGGGGGAGGCGCUCCGGUGCCCGGGAGCCCGCGGAGGGAGGCGGAGCCGGCGAGGGACUCCGGGACGCCAUGGACGUCGAGAGGCUGCAGGAGGCGCUGAAAGAUUUUGAGAAGAGGGGGAAGAAGGAAGUUUGUCCCGUCCUGGAUCAGUUUCUUUGUCAUGUCGCCAAGACUGGAGAAACAAUGAUUCAAUGGUCUCAAUUUAAAGGCUAUUUUAUUUUCAAACUGGAGAAAGUGAUGGAUGAUUUCAGAACUUCAGCUCCUGAACCAAGAGGUCCUCCUAAUCCUAAUGUCGAAUAUAUUCCCUUUGAUGAAAUGAAGGAAAGAAUUCUGAAAAUUGUCACUGGAUUUAAUGGUAUCCCUUUUACUAUUCAGCGACUAUGUGAAUUGCUAACAGAUCCAAGGAGAAACUAUACAGGAACAGACAAAUUUCUCAGAGGAGUAGAAAAGAAUGUGAUGGUUGUUAGCUGUGUUUAUCCUUCUUCAGAGAAAAACAAUUCAAAUAGUUUAAAUCGAAUGAAUGGUGUUAUGUUCCCUGGAAAUUCACCAAGCUACACUGAUAGGUCUAAUAUAAAUGGGCCUGGAACACCCCGGCCACUGAGUCGACCAAAGGUGUCUUUAUCCGCCCCCUUGACAACCAACGGUUUGCCUGAGAGCAGUGACAGCAAAGAGUCAAACUCACCACAUAAUGAAGAAAGAAACCACAGUGACUGUGCAGCAUCUGAAUCAGAAGGGUCUUCAGUGAGUCCUAUAAAAAACAAACAUUCAGAUGACGACGCCAUGGAGGCUGAAGGGCACGAGGCCAAAAGACUCAGGUUUGACAGAGACGGGGAAGUCAGAGAGACGGCCAGUCAGACCACGUCCAGUGAGGGGGCCUCGGUACUGGCGGAGGACGCAGAGGCACCAUCAUCAUCUCAGGACAAGGACAAAGAAAGUAGUUGUACCCAGCAGCACUGCACAGAAGAGGAGGAGGAGGAGGAGGAGGAAGAAGAAGAGUCUUUUAUGACAUCGAGAGAAAUAAUCCCAGAAAGAAAAAAUCAAGAAAAAGAACCUGAUGAUGCCUUAACUGUGAACGAGGAGACCUCUGAGGAGAAGAGUCAGGUGGAGGAAUCGGCUGUGUCUCGAGCUGAGAAGGAUUUACAUUCUGAAGGGAGUGACACCCCGGGCCCUGUAAGUAGUGGUUCUGACUGCCACCAGACAGAAGAAUCAGUAGGAUCCAGUUCCAGUAAAACUGGAGAGGUUCUCUCAGAAUCCUCCAUGGAAAAUGAUGAGGACGCCACCGAAGUCCCCGAGGAACCAAUGGAGCAAGACUGACUACUUCACCACAUUUAGAUGCCGUAUUUUACAUACAGUUCUGGUUUUACACUGUAUAAAACUUUUAUGUAAUAAAGUGGACCUUUAGUUUUACAAGAGAAAGAGAAGCAGGUUGUUAAAGUACUUUAAAAAGUACUUUAAGUGUGAAUCCUGAAAGAGUUGUACAUGUAAGAACUGUGAAUAGCAGCUCCUCUGGGUCCUGCUUACCGCUAUCUAUUUUGUUUUUGUUUUUGUUUUUGGGGAUUUUGUUGUUGUUGUUUUUGCCUUUUUUCUUUUCUUUUUUUUUUUUUUUUUUAAUUUAGAAGUUUUUAAACUGGAACAUUAUAAUUACAAUUUUGGAAACCUUUCAAGAUUAUCACAUUUAGUUUAUACAUGUGCUAGAAAGCUUUAUGUCUUGUCUCUUUCUGACAGCUGUAGCAGAUUUCAUAUUUUGGUCAUAGUUUCAACAUUUUAACAUGUGAAUUAUAGGGUUUCAUGCUGGUUUCCAGGUUUUAUUGGUUGACUAUGUACAAUGGAACUUUAAGUCAUAUAUACAUACAUACAUACAUAUAUAUAUAAUUCUAAGGGGGGAAAUGUUAUAUUUUUCUGUUUCUAUAAGAGAUGAAUACAGUGGAUAAUUUUCUAUUGGUGAUGAUUGAGUUCACCUCUUUCACGAGACAUUUUCUUUCUCUUCUGAGUAAUUCACAUAAAAUCUGGCCCUGUGAAACCCUGGAAAUCUAAGUCUGUUGUAAUACCAGGUUAAACACAUUCCAAGAGAUCUGUUCAAACUAGAAUUCUUUUGUAUACUUCAGAGGUGCCUGAUAAAAGACUUCAUUAUUUAUGAGAAAAUGUGCUUUAUCUUGGGAAUUGUGUUCACACAUCAGCUGACUGUUCUCCUGAGUGAAUGCUUAUGAAGCUGACACAAGCCCAUCUCAGAAGAACCAGGCAGGUUCCUUAAACUUUUGCUUGCUUUUCUGAACAUUGUGAAUAUUACACAUUUCUUUCUAAAUUAUUCUAGAGUAUGCAAAUGUCAAUGGUAUGAAACACCACUGUACUGGAAGAAUUAAUAUAUUACUUUAGUAAUGUACCUGAGCUAAAAUGACUGAAGCUUUAGGGGGUGCAUAGAAACCACCAUAAUUUGUAUGACAUUUUGAAGUGAAUUAAUAUUUUUGAACAUGCUUCUUCGACAGCCAGUGUUAUAUUUUUCAGAUCAACACAAAGCACAAUGAUUACUCUAAACUCAAUAUUUUCAAAUUCACAUAUUUAAAGUCAUGCAAGCUGCAACUUCCCUGUCAAAAUUACUGGCUGCCAAGUUUAUACCUGUUUAUUCAGCUGUACCUUUUGAUAUUUAGAAUUUUUAAAUUUCUGUAAAGUAGAUUUUGUAGAGUGUAAUGUGUUCACUGCCUUUGUGAAGCGGUAUAUAAUUGUAUAAUUUCUGUGUGUAAACUGAAUGCUUGGGCUUUCAAUACAGUAUUCAUAUGAAGCAAUAAAUAUUCAUGUUAUGAAAUACUCGAGUACAUUUUUAUCAAAAUACAAAAGAAUCCCUUUUUUUAGUUUCAGAUAUCUGAAGUACAUAGAUGAACUUAUAAAAAACAUGCAAACAAUUUCUCACACUGUAUCAUAUGCUUUGGGUGAUUUGGAGGGAAACCACAAGUUUUGCAUUUUGACUACUUAAAUUGCUAUGACUAAAAAAUACCCAAAUGAUUGGACGCCACGUAUGUUUGUAGGGUAUAUACUACUGACUGACUUGACAGGUUCACAAGCAGCUCGAUGAUAUAUUUAUGAAUAUGUCUGAUAGUUAAAAACUGAAUAUUGAUUUACUGUAACAAGAGGGGGGAAUCAAACGUUGUAAAUUUUUAAAAUUUUUUGCGAUGAUGUUAAAAUGAAGCAAUUUUAAAUGUGACUUUCAUUCAUAGUGACCUGUUACUUUAUUUUGUUGAGGGAUAUUUUGCCAAUGAGAACAGAUUUUAAACAUUUUAAGUUUAGAAAUUUAGGAAUUUUCUUUAGAAUAUUUAUGAAAUUAUUGUCAAUAAACCUAUUCUUUAAUCUCCUGUGACCUUUUGAUAUGUUUUAUUUUAAUUAUAGUGCCAUGGACCACUUGUAAACAAAUCUUUACUUUUGUCCGUUAUAAGUUGAAGAUUUAGCAUCAUGACUUUGAGGUCUGUGGUUUUAUUUGUAAACUUGCAAUUGCUAUUUUUGCAAGGGCAAAUGUAUUUCUUUAUUAAAUAAAGUACAAUAAUGGUGAAUGUACCAAAAUGACAUCACUUAACUCUAUGAGGGAUCUGCAUUUUAAUCUAUAGUUUUAAUUGUUUUAAUAUUUAUUAGAUGUUCACAUGUCGAUCAUAGAUCAAAAUUGUUGCUGUUUAUACAGAUAACUGUGGAAUGCUGAUGGAGUAUCUUCUUUAGGAUAGGUGGAAUACUUCUGUCAUUGAAUUGGGAACCUAGUUGAGCUGGCUUUAGAUAUUGGUGGCCAUUGGGAAGUAAAUCUCCACACAUGUGCAGAUGUGCACUUUGAUGACUGCACAUCUCCACACAUGUGCAGAUGUGCACUUUGAUGACUGCACCAGAGAACGUCAGGCCUGAGGGCAGCGGGCUGACUGGUGCCCCGUUCAAAAGGCUGGUUUUUCAGCUCGUUUCCUUAACACAUGGAACAGAGCGCUAUCAGGAAGUUGAAAUGGAGAAGGAAGGCUUGAGUGAUUAAAGGUAUUUUAUUUUUUGACCUUAAACAGAUUGUUUACCUGUUGCUCUAGUCUUUGAACCCAACGUGUAAAAAUAAUUUGGAGAUGCUAAGGAGGAAAGAGAAUAUAAAUAUAAUGUGUCUUUAUCACUCUUCCCUUUUAAAAAGUGAAAACAAAAAUUCUCUUACAUUUUUUUGGAAAAUAUAUCUUUUUAGUUCCAGAAAUAUAGCAGAACAGAAAUUAGUGAAAAUGUUAUAUUUUAAAUGUUGAUUAUUAGGUAGGUUUAAUCCACUUAGUACUUAUCCACGUCUACACCUUUCAGGAGUGUAGCCUGAGUGAUGGAGUUGCCCAUCAGGGAGUAAGAAGCAUUUGGUGUGCAAAGGCCUCCCAAAGUACGGGGCUGGACGGCGUGGCCUGUUAAGCAUUGAGGUUCAGAGUAUUUUAUUUUGCCGGUGUAGAUAGGCAUGUAUUUAUGCAUUUGUAAAAUCAGCAACUUUUCAAAUAAUGUAAAUGUAAUAUACUAGUUCACUUAUAAAGGUACUUGGGCAGAAUCUAAAGCUGCUGCAAUGUUUGAUUUGUGAAAAAAUGUAACAUGGUAAGGAUGAAAAUGUAACUUGCAGAACCAAAGGAAAUAAACAUUUGGGUAGUGCUUCAGAUUGUCUUCUGAGCAGGAGUUUUUUAAAUGCAUUGAUUUUGAUAAAACAAAGGUCAGUUCUCCGGAGAUUUGUGCUACUCAUAAAAUGGAUGAAUGGAAAAACACCUUGUAAUUUCAUAUGGAAUUAUUAAAAUUAGGUUUACUGGGUUAUUGGCCUCGUAAGGAUGCUAGUAUGUAUUGGUUAGAAUACAUCUUUCACAUUUAAGAAAUAAUCAGUACACUUCAGAAUUUUAUUUCAAUUUGGAGCCUAGAUUACUUUGCCAAAUAAAUGUAUUAUUUUCGUAAUGCAAUAAAAUAUAAAUUAGAAGACUA